UCUCUGUCUCUCUCUCUCUCUCUGUCUCUCUCUCUCUCUCUCUCUCUCUCUCUCUGUCUCUUUCUCUCUCUCUCUCUCUCUGUCUCUGUCUCUGUCUCUGUCUCUGUCUCUCUCUCUCCCUCUCUCUAGUGCCACAGUCUUCUGAGUCAUCAGUACUGAACGUCUGUGUUUGUGCUCACAAUGGUGAUAAAAACACUCAUACAUUUUAAUAUUUUACUAGAAGGGUCGAACUAUCACCCGGCCGUCUCCCACUCUGCUCCAGUACUCCCUGGCUGAUAUCGGUUCUUACGACUGUGAAUCAAACAUUAAUUAAUUGUGUUUGAUCUUAACAAUAUGGUCUUGCCAAGGUGAACGUCGCAGACGAAACAAACCCGUUUUUCAACAGAAAUCCUUGUUUUAAGGCGGGUUCUAUGGUUUACUACGCAUGGAUCCCCUACUCUGCCACAUGGUCUGAUUAGAUCCUGGUAGUCCUGCGCCUGGGGCCCCGGUACUGGCGGCAAACCGGCCACCGGCGGACUGGCCACACGUUGAAUGUAUGCUAGCUAGCUAAAGCGCUAUGGAGGAGGGUCACAUCCUGUUGCUGCGGGGCUGUUUCACAGAAGGAGCGUUGGAAGAUAAGAGUAGACCGAGGUGGGCUGCUUCUCUCUGAUGUCGUGAAACCCCGAGGUGAACUGAAACAUGAUCCUCUGAAGGGGUAGAAGAUGUGUCCUUGGUUUUAUCUGGGCCCUUGUGGCUUCUCCCAUCAAAGUUUUUUUCAGGCGGACCUCAACUGACUACAUAAUACCCAUGAUGGGAGGGACAGAAGCCUCGCUCUUCUCUCCGAGCCCAGGAGAAACUGGUUCUCCCUGUGUCGUCACAAUCAGCCACAAGAUGGUCACCUCAUAUCCUUCAUCCCCCUCCCCUCCCAUAAUCUCUUGCUGUGACUCCGAUGCUGAAUGCAGGACUCCCUCCCUGGGCAAUCACCCUCUUACUCUUCAGCUGGGUGGGGGUCUGGGGAGCCCGGGAACUCCGCAAUGCAACCACAGAUGUUAAUGGUUUUUAGCCCACCCCCCCAAAAGAAAAAUCAUCCCACCCAUUUUAGAAGUGCUGGAGUUGUUUACAAUCCGUUGCGUCCCUACCUUGGAUACACUGCGGAGGUAAUCUGUGUGAAAUUUGGAAAGCAUAAAUAUAUAUUUUAAGUUAAGCACUCGUGAGUUUACAGGUAAUUGUCCUCGAAGCUUCUCGGCUGAUGGUGUGUGUGUGUGUAUGUGUGUGUGUGCGUGUGUGUGUGUGUGGUGUGUUUGGCCCACUGACUUCUGGGGUACCCCCCCCCCUACACACACACCUUCCCCUCCCCGCUGGUGUAAAUAAGUGCUUGAUCUUGUUCGGACUGUAAUCUCUCUUACUGCUUUUCUUCUUCUUUCGUUCUCUGUUCCUUGGUUUCUGUACGGCUCUCUCUGCGUUUGAGGAACCUGUAUUAAAUGUAGAUAUGUUGAUAACAUCCGUGCAUGGGUUGUGCUUCAUUAAACCUUCAAAUACGCCUAUUUCCUCCUGCAGUCUGUCGGGUACCUUAUCAAUCACCUCUGACAUGGCCGUUCAGAGGACACACUUGAAUAAAUACAGACUGAAGUCCUAUUAUUAAAGAUGGAGAUCUCUAUUUAUGAUUAUAGUUCAUCUCUCGUGGGUUAUCAUCUUUAGACUCUUAUUAGAUAAUUAUGGUAGUCUCAGAUCGUUUUAGUUAUUAGGUAGAGAUUAUCUGUAAUAUGUAAUCUACGACAUCGGUUAUGUUCAUAGAUUAUGCAAUUAUAUGAUGGUAGUUAAAGUGCCUAUAAAAUAAAUACACAACUUAAUAUGAAAACAUGCCUGCUGCCCAUGUAAUGAGACGGGUAGCUCAAUAGGCAGAGCAUAACGUGAUGAAAACAUCUGUAUUGAAACAGCAGUCUGCUAGGAAACAUUCAACUAAUUGAUUUGGUUGGCUUUCAUCAAUGGUUAAAGUCAUCAGACUCGGUGAUCUGUGAAGUCGUGGUUAAAUUGAUCGGUUUGAUUAAUAACAAAUGUUGGGUACCGGAUAAUUUAAUCUGUUUCAGUGGAUGUUUAAUUUGAAGAUGGCUUUAAAAAAAGACUUUAGUGAACGGAAAAAAACAAUUUCUUGCAGGCCUAGGCCUAUAUUGUUUUUAUGUACAGACGGCCUACACAACAGUCUGUUAAACAUGAGACUCACCAGGGAUGGGCCUCGACAUGUUAAACAUGUCGAGCCCCACCUCACACCUGAGCUCAACAGGAGAAUAAAGCCGGCAUGGGACUCAAACCCAGGCUGGAGCCAUGGAGAGAAGGACGACCUGACCGCCACAGACUGAUUUUGAACCUUAAAAGACCUGCUGUGUAACUAUGGUUUUAAGUGACUUAAAAAGUCAUAUAUAACUACUAUUAGCUGUUUGUAGAGGAGGUGGUCGACAUGUGGAGAGUUCAUCCAGCGGCUCUGAACAAAUGAAGGCUUGAAGAAAGCGCCACCAAAACAAGAGUGGCCCUGAGUCUCGUGCCACCCAGAAGAUUCUUUCCAGUGCGUACAUACGCACUGUGCGGUCCCGCCGCUGGUCAGUCACACGUCGACGGACAGCGGACCUAUUGUGACGUCACGGUGCCAGGAGCGAGGGCUGCCCAGAGCUGGUCCUCCUCAUCCUCAUCUUCAUCAUCAACAGCGAGGAGGAGAGUGGUACAGCACCACCACAAUCAUAACAUAACAUAAUAUAAUAUAACUAGAUCAUAAAGAAGACGUCAGAACGAUGGUCCUGGUCCGUGGACACUCUCUCCUGGGGGCGAUCCUGCUGUGCUCAGUCCUGCUACUCGUCUCGUCCAACGAAGCGGGCCUGGCCGGCAAGGUGCUGGUGUUCCCCUACGAGACGGACUUCAGCUUCGUGACCCUCAAGCCCCGCAUGGCGAUGGAGCUCCGCGCGUUCACGCUGUGCCUGCGUGUGGCCACCGAGCUGCCGGCCGACCGCCAGAUCAUCCUAUUCGCCUACCGCACCGCCGACUACGACGAGCUCAACGUGUGGCGCGAGAGGGACGGCCGCGUGUCAUUCACCCUGAGCGGCGACGGGGUCUUCUUCCACCUGCCCCCCAUCACCACCUUCCGUACCAGCCUCUGCCUCACCUGGGAGUCGAACCGGGGACUCGCGGCCUUCUGGGUGGACGGCAAGCGCAGCAGCUACCAGGUGUACAAACCCGGGCACACGGUCCGGCCCGGGGGCACGGUGCUGCUGGGGCAGGACGCCGACAAGCACCUGGGGGACCUGGAGGCCACGCAGAGCUUCGUGGGCGAGGUGACGGACCUCAACAUGUGGGACCACGUGCUGUCCCGCAGCGCCAUCCAGGCCUGGCACUACGGACACCGGGUCCCCGAGGGCAACGUGUUCGCCUGGGCGAGCAUCGAGUACGCGCCCAGCGGGAACGUCCUGGUGGUGGACGACGACUGACUGACCGAUGCCGUGGUGGAGUCGCGAGCACCGAAGCGCGUUCCGGUUGGACUGUUGUGUGGCGUCAUGGUCUCCGUAAUGUUGUUCUGCGUCUCCAUGUGUCUCUAAUCGCUUUGAGUGACCUGUAGUUUACCACCCUGCGCCGACAACACACACACACACACACACACACACACACACACACACACACACACACACACACACACACACACACACACUGUUCUGCACUGGAGCGUUAAAAUGCUGUAGAAUAAUUCUUAAAAUAAAGCUAUU